UGGAGCACCGGUAACUUUAACACUAACCUGUUCGAGUUUAGCACCUCACCGAAACUCCAGCAGCAACACCAGCAACAGCACCAAUCGGCCCUUUCGCACCAGCAGCAGCAGCAGCAACAACAACAACAGCAACAACAGCAGCAACAGCAACAACAACAGCAGCUACUGUUGCAGCAACACCAAAAUCAACAAUCCACCCAUCAGCUGCAACAAUCGCCAUCGUCCAGCUCGUCCCUGUCGUCGAUAGCGAAUGCAGCCUCACUGCUGGAACAGCAUCAUCUUGGAUCGCUGCAUCAGCUGCACGAGCAUCAUCACGAUACGACCGUCGCCAGCCAGCUACACCUGCACCCCCAUCAAUUGCAUUUAGCGACCGCAAGUCAAGUACAAAUCUAAACCCGGCAUCCACUUCAAGACUCUUCUUACUGUCCACACGCACAACGUUCGCUCGGUUGUGCUCAUUUGUCGCAUAUGCGCGCGCUUCUAGUCACCAGCCAACUUCGUACAAUGUCUUCUUCAUCAACGCAACGCUAAUAGUAGCAACAUUCAAAACAGUUCAAAAACUCCCCCGAGCUGCUUGAGUUACUUGAGGCAGCUGCUGGGAGAGACCAGAGACCAUUCAUCACAAAACAGAAAUUAAUUGCGGAGCGCUUUCCUGCUUCUGGCAAGAGCGUUUCUCUCUGUUUCUCGAUCCAGAGGACGAUCGAGCACCGGUUCAGUAUUAUUAAUGAUUUUCAUAGAUUACCGUGUAGGUGAAAUAUAUACGGCGGACUUUAACCAUCCGACGAAUAGGAGAAACGUGUGCGUUCAGUCGAAGGUAAGUCAGGGAAGAAUCACUUCCGUUUGCAUCCCAGCAGGUGUAAAAGGUAAAAGGAAAGUUGGUGGGAGGGUUCAGGCAGGCGUGGCAAGGUAACCAAGCGAAUGAUGAGCGUAAGUUAAAUCGAAUUUAGUGCACCAGGCCCCAAAAUGUCCGAAGUUGGAGCGACGUGAAACAUAGCAAACAAGCAAACAAACACAAAAACUGCUGGUGAGAAAACAAAGCCAACAGUUGAUCUACGCUUUGUGUUUUUAUAGAUACGAUUGAAAAUCCGAUAAAUUACCAAUGUUCACCAACUGGCAUAGAACUAGGCGAAAGGUAACACAGCAACAAAACAGAUAAAAACACCCAGUAUUGGUGUUGGUUUUUUUUACAAAAAAACACUGGGAAAAACGAUCCGCCGAAUAGAAACUAACGCGCACAAACAAAAGCAACAGCAGCAGCAGCAGCACAAAUGGACUGACGGAAGGCAUCCAGUGCACUCUGGCUGUGCAUUCGCUGUGCGCAUGUGAAAUGCACAACAAAACACAGACAAAACACAGUGAUGUACGUUACAAUUGAUUAGCUGGUAAGGAAGUAGUGAAUUCAACUGUACGAAAGCCAACCAAGUGUCCCAGCGUCGCAACGGGUGGAAUGUUGCAAAAACAAAACUCACUACCACUCUUGGCAUUGCAAUGCAAUGUUUCGUUUCGUGUUUUGCAUAGUAAACUGGAAAGUGCUAUGGAAAAGAGGGAAAUUGGUUUUUAAACAGAAAAAAAGGGUUCAAGAUGAGGGAAAACUUUCCAAUUUACAAAAUAGAAAGUCCCGCCAAGGGGGAAUUACAAACAACUCCAACAGAAAACAUGAACCAACUAACCCACCACAUUGUGUCACGCUGGGAGCAGUAUGGGGUGGGGUGGGUGUUGUAGCAAAGGAUAACAGUGGAGGAAAGUGCAAUUUUCUUAGUUUCAAUUAUCUGAAAGCAGCAGCUAGCUGCGCUUUCCACUGCAGUCUUUUUGUUUUGUUUUUGAGUGAAAUAUUAUUUUUAAACGCGUCAAAGUGUACAGCGCGUAGUUUGACCACAGCAAAUGAUUUGCAGUGCACCUCUCGUUUAAGAUUAGUGUAAUUUAUUUAUCCACAUUCAAUUUACAGUACACUUGUUUCUUUAUGCGCAUAUGAGUGCACAACAAACAUUGGGUGUUCAUAGUAAGCGCCUGCAAGGUGUUAAAAAUCCGAUUGUAUAGCUAUAUAAGUUUUCCCAAACAUUCGCUUGAUUGCUGUCGGAAACCAAACGGUCAUACACCUAGCACAAACAAAGGGUAGACAAAAUGGAAAAGGGAAAAUCAGAAGAAGGAAAAAAUGUUACAGAAGCAGAUGCCAUAUAAAUAAGUAGACUGUAAAAUGUUUUCACAAGCAAAAUUGUAAACAAAAAAAACAUACAAAAAAAACAACCCCACAAAACAGCAAAAUUUGCGUAAGCUAUAGCGUGUUGUUGUUGUGAAGGUGAAAACAUUCAAUGAAAAAUUAUGUUGUACAGACACAUACACCUUACUAGUAUGGAUCAAAUCGUAGAGGUGCAGCAAAAAGUAUAUGUUAAAAACGCACUCUUCUUGAGAUGGAAGAGAAACUGUCUGUUUGUUGCACAAAUGCAAAUGAAAAUGCAAAAACAAAUGAAAACAGGAAAACAAGCAGGAAAAAUAAAAAAAAACACUGAAAUCAGUCAAAGCAAGUGAUGUGAAAGUGAUCAAGACAAACAUCACAACAAAAAGAAUAACAGGAGCAAAAAAUACAACGCACAAUUGUAAAGAUCGCAGAAAAAAACCUACCAAGGGAAAGCGGUUGAAUGUAAUGCAAAACCAGCGUAACAAACAAACAAACAAAAAACUUUUAGCGCAAAUUAUUGUACAUAGUAAAAGGUUAAGAAACGGCAACCAUAAAGUUGAUAAUCGAAAACGUGCAACGCCGCGUGGGCCAUAUAAAAGGGCAAUCCAGGAGCAAUUGUUAGGGCACACAAUACAGACACAGCAGCAGGAAUUAGUGCACCGAGCGGGUGCGUGAGAAGCUAAUGCGACUGGUGCAGUUGCAGGCGGGCUUCAGUGCGGUACGUAACACACACACAGACAUUCACACACACAACCACACAAGAUGCUCAACCUAGCAGCCCACGUCCGGUGAAUCGUCGUUGUUGGCAGCGCAAAAACAAACGCACAUAGUAACAUUCAUUACACGAUGUCUUUUUUGAUGUGUUGACUACUAUACAAUAGUAUUACUGUGUACUUUUCCUUUGUGGUAAGCGUAUUGGAGCACCGAUGGUGCGGAAAUGCAAACUCACAACCUUCCCCUGUCCCUUUCGCUCCUUGUCCUCUCCUUCCUCUCACACUCCCUUCACAUCCCUUCCGUUCCCAGCCGCUCUUCACCUCGUACAUGCAAAUCACGGUCUCUAUAAAUAUGCAUAUAGGCGUACAUAUACAUGUAAUGAUGAUAAAUAUAAAUAUAAAUGUGUAAAUUAUAUAGAAGUAAACGCGUGUGCGUGUGCCACGAUGAUGGCGCCCCCCCAAAAAACCCGAUAGCUCUAAGACCGAUCCCCGGAAAGGUAGUGCGGUACCGUGCGUCCCAAAAUCGAUCGCUGUCGGCGGACGCAGAGCGACAGAGAGGCACAAACACAAAGUAUUGUAAUUAAUAUCAACAACAAUGUGGAUGAAAGAAUGUAAAAUCACGACAAAAAAUAUUAA